UCUUGUCGGCUGUCAUUGUAUUGUCAAGUCAAAUUUUGCCUUUGCUUUUGGAUUUGGAACAAAUUGGUUCGAUAUCUUCAGAAAUUUGUGAUUAAAAACGUAAUAUAAAUAGGGAUUUGACGAAUAAUUAUCAGUUACUCUUAGUUAAUAAAUAAUUAAAAUGGUGGGUCAAAUGUUGUUCCAUUUGCUUGGGGCUUUACAGUUCGCCUAUGGGUGUUAUUACGAUCACACGUAUGUGAGACUCCCCGGCACGUCUGGUGCAGGAUCCUUUGGAGGAAAGUUAAAGUUUUUAACAUUCAUUGAUGCCGUAAUUCAAACUGUGUACUUCACUGUGGCGCUAAUAAACGAUGUUUGGGGCACCAACGAGCCGACGCCGUCAGCGAAGCCACUGAUUCGACGCAUAAAGGACACCUUGUUUAGUACUUUAGCAUUCCCAGUGUCAAUGUUUGUUGGCAUCACUUUCUGGGGUAUUUACGCCAUUGACAGGGAGUUGAUUCUACCACAGAGGUUGGAUGCGAUAUUUCCGUCAUGGUUGAACCAUGUCAUGCAUACUAAUAUUGUUGCUUUUACUUUAAUUGAACUUCUAACGUCAUUCAGAAUGUAUCCAUCUAGAAAUCAUGGUAUUUCCCUUUUGACAGCUUUCAUGUUAUGCUAUAUGGUGUGGAUACAUGUUAUCUAUGUCCAUACUGGAGCUUGGGUUUAUCCAGUGUUAGAAGUUCUAAACUGGCCACUGAGAGUUGUAUUUUACUUGUUUAGUCUUGGAUUUGUAUUAUCACUGUAUGUUGUUGGAGAAAGAAUGAACAAAACUGUGUGGUCCAAAGAAAUAGAGAAGACAGUUAAGUCAGGAAAGAAAAAAGCGAAAUAAUUAUGUAACAUUUAGUGCAAAAUAGGGUUUAGGAGAGUAUGUGUAACUUAUUUAUUAUUAAUUGGGAUGGUUAUGAUUAUUUUAAGUAGGAUGGUAUUUUGGUGCCCUUACAUAAAGGAGUGGUUGAAUAAUAAGUUUCUAAAGCAUAUUCUUACUAUAGCUCUGUUUCCUUAUGCAGUAUGUCUCAGUGUUAUAAUAAACUGGUUGUGAUCAGUGACAUAAUAGCAAUAUAAAGUAUACUACUAAAUUCUAAACUAUGAAUUCUGUUUUUACUACAGUAAUAGGUAUAGAUGUAACGAGAGCUCUAUCAAUUGUAACCAGGCAGGUCACAACAUCUGACCUAACAUUGCAACGGGCAUUGUUAAAAAAAAAAACUCAAUCCUAUUACUCUCAUGUUUUUACAGGGAUGCACAACUUUUUUGAUUGGCUCCUCUUGGUGAUUUUAUCCUGUGGCCCUAUUAACAUUUUAUGAUGUGAUGGUAUAAAUCCAAGAAAAUCUAUGCAUUUUGUUAUUCAAGUCACUGGUCCGGGACUUGUGUAUCAGAACCUUAAUUAUGAAACUCAUCAAUGAUCAUGCAACUUGAUGCCUAGAUAAAUUAACUUGUUUUAAGAUGACUUCAUUUCCAAGUGUAGCUGUGAUAUGCUAUGCUGAAUAUUUAAGCUGUAAAAAAUAUUCUAAUAGGCUCUUAGGAAAUAAUCAUAUACAUAAAAAAAAUAAGAAAGUAAAGUCAAAAAAUUUACCAGUAAUGCAACCAUGUGGUACAUGGUACAAUAUGUUAGAUUAAAAUUGUUAACAAUAGUGGAAUAGAAGUGAAAUGUAGGGUAAAUUAUUAGUUGGAGGUAUUUAACACUUUCACUGCUGAGCUACAGUCAGCGCUACAUUGUAGCCAAUAACAUGGAUGUCCUGGUAUGUAGCGAAAAUGCUUCGUAGACGCAAAACGUCAACGUUUUUAGAUAAGCGCUGAAUGGGUUAAGAUUAGUUUCCAAUUAUAAUAUUGCCUGUGUUACACACAGUAUUUUUCAUCAUGCUUGGAAAUAAAUAAUUAAAAGUUUAAGCCAAUCACAAUAAUUAAGGAAAAUUAUUUUCUUCCUUCCUGUAAGAGGAGCGUGAAAAUAACAUGAAAUAUAACAGUUUAGGAACAAGUCUGAUGUGAACCAAAAAAACAUUUAAUUAUUUAGUUAAUGAUUUUUCAGGUGUGGGGUUUUAUUUAUUGACUAAAUAUUUCUUUUUGGUUCUGACAUUCCAAUCUCAAAUACAUUUUAAAAGCAUUCCAAACAUGUAAACCUACUAUAAGAGUUAGCAUCACUAGACCGCAAAUAUCGCGCGCGAGAUAGACUACCGAGGCCCCAACGUUGUCAGUUCUCAGUACAAAAUUGAA